AUGGACAGGAAACCUUUUGAAAGGCCACGCAGCUGCACCUCGACGGGCAGGCCAUCGUCAGCCCUAUCCCACAACCCCAGAAUCUCGCCCAUACCCGUGAAGGACCCAUCUUGUCUGAGGGGACCUCAGGACUCCAUCCGCAGAAACAGACAGUCGCACUCCACCAUUGUGCUCUGCAAGUCAAAAAGCAGCCAGGCCGCCCUGGCGCCCAAGGAGCACACAAUGUUCAUGGAGGAAGCCUACAACUCAGCCAUCUGCUUCAAGAUGCUCCGGGACAUGAGCGGUGCGGACACCUACCACCUGAAGUACAUGCUCAAGAAGAUCAAGAACAUGGCACAAGGGUCCCCCAACCUGGUGAUGGAGACCAUGCACGACUACUUCAUGGACAACCUGGAGAUCUCCACCCGGCAUAAGUUCCGGCUGUUCCAAGCCCUGGAAAUCGUCAUUAAAGCCAGUGACUCCCUGGACGAGAGCUGGGAGCAAAUCUUCAUGAAGCUGGCCUUGGAGAACAUGGCCAAGUCCACGGAGCUGGAAGAUGCAUACCAGGACGCAGCCAGCAAAGUGCUGGUGGCCAUCUGCAAGCACUCGUGGCAGGUGGUGACCCAGCACCUGGAGGCAGAGCUGCUGACCGGGGUCUUCCCACACCGCAGCCUGCUCUACGUGAUGGGCCUCCUGUCCUCAGAUGAGGAGCUGUUCAGCGAGGAAGACAGGGCAAGCUGGGAGCAGAAGCUGACCCAGAUGGCCGUCAAGUCAGUCCCGUUCCUGAACACAGAAGUGUGGGCCAAGGAGCUACUGUGGACGCUCACCAAGCCCAGCCCCACUCAACAGGAGCAGCCCCCGGAAAAGACCUUCCUGUUUACCUACUACGGGCUCAUCCUUCAAGCUGAAGGGAACAGCGCUACGGUCAGGACACACCUGCAAGCUCUCCUGGGAACAUCCCACCAGUGGCCCAAGCAGAGGGAGGGGAUCGCUCUCACCUUGGGGCUGGCUGCGACCCGCCACCUGGAUGAUGUAUGGGCUGUUCUGGACCGGUUUGGUCGGAGCACACCCAUCAAAUGCAGCCUCCACAGCUUCUCCCAGAAGAACACAGAAGACCUGCAGUGGAAGUGGGCCAGCAGCACCAUCCUCCUGGCGUAUGGACAGGUGGCAGCCAAGGCCAAGGCCCACAUCCUCCCCUGGGUGGACAACAUCUUGUCACGGAUGAUCUUCUAUUUCCACUACAGCUCCUGGGACGAGAUACUGAGGCAGAGCUUCCUCUCUGCCAUCCUGAUGCUGAUGGGAGCCAUCCGUCGGGAAGAGGGCGCCCACAGCUAUGAGUUCUCCCAGACCUCCAAGCUCUUCGAGUGUCUGAUGGUUCUGAUGGAGAAAGAGCCCCAGGAUACCCUGUGCACACUGAGCCGCCAGCAGACCAUCGACAUCAUCUCCAGCCUCUGUCAGCUGCCACCACCCUUGGACUUCGAAAAGAAAUCCAAGCUCCUCUCUACCUGCUUCCGCAGCGUGUUUGCCCUGCCGCUGCUGGACGUCCUGGAGAAGCACUCCUGCCUCUUUCUGGAGCCACCCAACAUCAAGGAGUCCAGAGUGACCGACACUACAGCUAGCUCACCCAGAGAGCCCCUGGUGCCCAGGGGUCCAGGGCUCCUGCUCUCCCACCCACUGUCUGCCUUCACCGUGGCAGCCUCCUUGCCUGGUCUCCAUGUCAGCUUAAUGAGGACCAUGGAGGGCCCCGCUGUGGGCACGGGGACCCUAUACAACAAGACCUUGGAGGCGCUGGACCACAUGCUGCACAGCCUCAUCACGCAGAACCCCACCCAUGCAGAGCUGCACUUCCUGCUGUCGCACAUGUACGUCUGGCUGGCGUCGGAGAAGUCACACGAGAGGCAGCGGGCUGUAAGCAGCUGCACGAACCUCCUCAAAUUCCUGAGCCACAACCUUCUCCUGGAGCCAAAGGAGAACUUAAAGCGGUUUGGGCAGCUGGUGGGCAUGCUGGGGGUCCUAUGCCAGGAUCCAGACAAGGCCACCCAGCACUCCAGCCUGGAAGGGUUGUGCCAUCUCCACCAGCUCCUCAUGUACCAGAAAGAAAGAGAAGUUUCCCGCCCAACGCUCAGGAAGCUCUCUCAGCCCAGCGAGGACAGAGCCUGGAGCAGUGAAGACCAGAGGGCGACGCCCCCGGACCCCCUGGAGACAGGGUUCCAGCAAGAGAAGAACCAGGUCUUUCAGCUCAGCAGCUCCCAAGUCAUCAAGGAGAUCACACAGCAUCUGACAGUGGGGGAGCUGAACGACCUCCUCUGGACGGCCAUCAACAGCCUGGGCUCCAACAGCUCCUUCUGCGUGCAGGCAGCUGCUGAGAUGCUGCUCGCUGUCAUCCAGGAGCACGGGGCCAAGCUGCAGACUGUGGCCAACAUGGGCCGGGCCAUCCACAUCCACCUCUGCUCUCUGCGCAUCCCCCAAGCCAAGGAAAACGCCCUGCGCGCCAUCACCCUGCUGGCCCGGAGCCAUACCCCUGAGCUGGUGGCGGCCUUCCUGGACUUCUCCAUCCCCCUGGACAGCAAUGCCUUCCAGUUGUGGAAGGCUCUGGGGACCGAGCAGCCAGUGAGCCACCUAGUACUGGCCUUACUGCUGUCCUGGCUACAGCAGCGGCCCCUGCCCACCAGUGCUAGUGACGGUGGCAACAAGGAGAAGACCUACCUGCGCUCACUGGCCGCCAUGAACACACUGCACGAGCUGCAGUUUGCCCGGGAGUUCAAGAACGCUGUGCAGGAGGCCUACCCUGAGCUCCUGCUAGCCCUUCUCACACAGAUGCACUACAUCCUGGAGCUGGACCUGCCCCCAGAGAUCCUGCCCAGGGAGCAGGCCCAGGAGGCAGCCCCACCUGGCCCCCAGAGCUGCAGCACAUCACUAGAGGCACUGAAGAGCCUGCUGUCCACCACAGGACACUGGCAUGACUUCGCCCAUCUGGAGCUGCAGGGUGCCUGGAGGCUCUUUGACACCAUCCACACCUACCCGAAGGGUGUGUGCCUCCUUGCCAGGGCCAUGGUGCAGAGCCACUGCAAGCAGAUCAAGGCAGUGCUCAACCAGCUGCUGCCCAGCCUGCGGAGCCAGCAGGAGCGGGAGAGGAAGGCGGCCAUCCUUAUCCUCACUGAGUUCCUCUACAGCCCUGCCCUCCUGGAGGUCCUCCCCCAACAGGCUGCUCUGACAGUGCUGGGGCGAGGCCUUAGGGACCCCAGCUGCGAGGUCCGUGUGCUGAGCCUGCAGGGCCUGGGGAACAUCCUCUUCUGCCCGGAGAAGGGAACCCUGCUCCGCAGGCAGCUACCAGCCUUCCUCGAUGGAUUCUUCCAGAACAGCGAGUCUAUGGUCGUGCACAUCAUGGGCACCGUGUCGGACGUGCUGCACCGCCUGGGCAUGCAGGGUGCAGGUGCCCAGAGCCUGGGGGUCGCCAUCAAUGCCCGCUCAUUCUUCGAUGAUGAACGGGACACAGUUCGGGCGGCAGCCAUGGCCCUGUUCGGGGACCUGGUGGCAGUGAUGGCAGACAGGGAGCCGAGCAGCCUGCGAACCCAGGUGCACCAGAGCAUGGUGCCCUUGCUCCUGCACCUGAAGGACAAAUGCCCAGCUGUCACCACGCAGGCCAAGUAUGCCUUCUAUCGCUGUGCCCUGCUGCUGCGCUGGCAGCUACCACACACCCUCUUCUGCACACUGGCCUGGGAGAGGGGCCUCAGUGCCCGCCACUUCCUCUGGACCUGUCUGAUGACACACAGCCAGGAGGAGUUUAGCAUCCACCUGUCACAGGCCAUCAGCUACCUGCACAGCCGCCACCACCACAUCAAGAUGUGGGCAGCACUCUUCAUAGGUUAUACCACCUGCUACCACCCCCAGGCUGUGUCCCAGAUGGUGAAGGACGUUGAUGCCAACCUGCUGCUCCACACUUUUGAAGAUCUCAAAAAAGACCCAGAGCCUGGCAUCCGGGAAUUUGCCACCAGGCAGCUCUCCUUCUUUCCAGAGGUGUCAACCAGAUCCCAGAAGUGACUUUCAACCGUAUUCCCCCAUCCUCCUCCCACACACCUACCUGGUCGGUCAGCCCUGCCCCACCCACCCACACAGAGUUUGGUUGCCCAUUUUUUCCAUUUAAAAGAAAGAUCUAGAUUUGACAAGGCUGCGUUACACCUGUCAGCUCCCUGCCCCUCUGCUGUGACCAAGCUAAGCCCCAGGAGAUACUGGCAGGACUCAGGGUCAGGGACAAGUUCAGGCCCAGGGGCAGAGAUGGGGUCAACUCGGCAUAACGUGAGCCCAGCCAAGGCCUGCCUAUGCUCUGGGUUGGGAGGACACUGUGGGGGCAGCCUCCCUCCCCCUAGAGCCAUUCACCAAGGUGCCCUCGGUGACUGAGAGGCCAGCCAGCGGUAGGGGGAAAGGCACCCUCAGCCAGGGGGCCCACUGUCUCCCUCCACACUCUGCUCCAUUGAGGGCUGGCCACAGACCCUUCCUAUGGAGCCUGGUCUACCCUUGUGGCCUGAGGCAGGGCUCUUGGUUCUCUGCACCUCAGCUGUUCCAUUUGUAAAAUGGGUUGUAAGACCUCUGGAAGGCUGAGUCCCGAAGAAGCUCCCCCUCAACUCCCAGAGAGCCACCUGGGGACCUACCCAAUCUUCAGCCAGGUCCUCCUGCUCAGUCUCAAUGUUCCCACAUGGGAAAUGGGCAGACAGCCCUUACUCUUGCCUGUAAGCCCAGAGAGCCCUGGACAGACGCUCCCCACAGAGCUCUUCCUGUGGCCUCACUCCAGACUGUGUCUUUCUCCAGAACCCUGCCAAACUAGCCAAGACCCCUCUAGUGGGACACCCCAGUGGGCCCACCUCAUCCUUCCCUCCCUCAGAACACACUGACCCUCCUCCACACCUCAGCUGGGGCAGCCUCCUGGAGCCUUCUCCAGACUCCCACACUGCACAUGCCCCAGGCCCAGGUCCCAUAUCCCCUGCCACCUGAGGCCCCCCACCCUCUGCAGCUGCCCCCUCUCAAGGGUGGAUCACUAGCCUGUGAGCCCCUUGGGGCAGGGCCACCUACACAAGCCUCGGAUGACGGACUAAAAAAUAUAGCCACCUGCACCAAACAUGCAUCAGAUCUACUGAGUCCCGAUGUGUUUGAAGAGAGGAGAAAAUGACCGCUGGGUAGAGCUGGCAGCCCUUCCACACAGAUCGGUCUGGGCCAUCUCACCCAUUGUCCUUCUUGGAGGUUUUACCUUUUCGCAUUCUCCUGUCUGGUCCACUGACCUCCCCAGGCACCUCCCACCAGCUCCUCCUAGCUUGAAGCCCCUGGCUGGCAGGUGAGGGAGCAGCAGGUAUCAGGGCUGCAGGCCCGGGUGCAGUCUGCCCCAGGCCAGUUUGCUGGUUCUGCCCAGCUGCCCAGAGCCUCUGAGCAGUGGGCGACUGGCCCGUCCUCCCGUUAGUCCUCCCUUCUGGAAAGUAUCUUUUGCCAAGAGCACAGAGUUGAGUAGGCCCAGACCCAAUGGAUUCCUGGAGCCAAUAGUGACUCUGGACAAGCCCCUGGGAUUCUCUGGGUCUGUGUCCCCAUGUGAAAAUGGGGAGGGGUCUAAUUCCUACCUGGCAGGGUGAGCAGCCUCUCAAGGCCCGGCAGGCAGCAGGUGUUCCACCAACAGCACCAUUCCGUGCCAGGCCUGGUCACAGCAGAUUAGGGGUGGAGAGACAGAGCCUGUGUGUCCUGAAGCCACCCUCCCAGGGCCCUGGGAAGGCACAGCCCACCUGGCCACUGCAGGGUCCAUGCUGUGAGAGUGGGCAGAGCAAUCCUGGCAGCGGGUACCUGAUUUAUAGGGAACAAGCCUCUGGCAAAGUGAUACCUGCAGCCAGGAACAUGAGCGUCUCAGGCAGGCACCCUCAGACUCAGAUGCAGCCCCAGGCACCCCAGUGCACCCUCCCUCCCUGGGCCAGUGGGAUGGUGGCCAGUGGGAUGGUGCAUUCCUCCACCCUGAGCCACGACAGAGGCUUUGCUGGAAAUCAUUCCACCCUCACCAGUUCCCUUCUCUGGGCCUCUAAGGCUGAAAUGAGAACACCUCAUUGGGCAGCACCCCACCAGACACAAGGCCCUGAGACUUCUUCAGUGAACCCCUGUCUUGCAGAGGGCAAGCCUGGUGGUCCAGCCUCACCUUCUAAUGCCCCAACUCCCAAAACCAUGGCACGGGCAACUCAGCCUGGAAGUUGGAGGUACAGGGGCCAGGUAUGGCCAUGGGAGACCCAGCGCGGGGACAACAGGGUUCCGGGACAGUAGCCGCAUGGCCCAAGGCCGCCAUCCACCCCACCCAGGCCCACAUCCCACUCCACACACAGCCAUCACUCCUGUUUUAUUGCCUUCGAGUGUCUGGGACUGCCCAGGGAUCUGGUACCAGGUCAAGGUGAGGGACCAGGGACAAAAGGCUUGGCCCAGUG